AUAUUCAGUUAAAGAACAUUCAUCAAUAUUAUUGAUUAAUGAUAUAUUAUCUUACAUAGCAUUUUAAAUUAGCUACUUAUUUCAUUAAUUGAAAGUUUAAAUCGAGCACAUGUCUUUUAAAAGCAAGUUGUCGCAUGACUCAGACUGUGGUCCAGCAUUAAGACGCGAACAAGUGAUUCUGUGUAGGUGAUCUCAGGGUAGUGAUCUUCCGAAUCGAGCUUGUAUGAAUAGAAAUAAAAUAAAAAACUGUAAAGUGUACUGUACAGGCUUCGAAGUGGAAUCCGAGGUACACAGGGCGGUGUGUUGGCUAGUUGAGGUAAACAAUGCGCGACAGUGGUGUAGUGAUUGUGAUUUGGGCGUGUGUUUUGUUGGUGGUUACAUUAUGUGCUUUGCCUGUAAGGACAGAGGAUUUGGGACACUUUACAUCCACAUGGGCGGUGCACAUACCAGGAGGCAAGGAGAAGGCUAAUCUCGUGGCUAGAGAUCACGGGUUCAUCAACUUAGGAGAGAUAUUCAAUGACCACUACCAUUUCCAUCAUCGAGCGGUCCCAAGGCGGUCGAAGCGGUCCUGCGACCACAGGCACCGAAGGCUGCAGUCUGAUUCAAGGGUGCAUUGGGCGCGGCAGCAACGGGUAAAAUCUAGGCAAAAGCGCGACCUGAUCGCCCUCAGGCCUAGGACGAAUCUUAGAACGGGCAUUGCGCUCAAUGAUCAGAAAUGGCCACAAAUGUGGUAUUUGAAUCGAGGUUCAGGCCUAGAUAUGAAUGUCAUACCAGCUUGGAAAGAAGGAAUUACCGGUAAAGGAGUUGUUGUCACGAUUUUGGACGACGGUUUGGAGAAAAACCAUCCUGAUUUGAUUCGAAAUUAUGACCCUCAAGCAUCAUACGACGUAAAUUCGCACGACGAAGACCCCAUGCCCCGGUACGACAUGAUAGACUCGAACCGACACGGCACACGUUGUGCCGGCGAAGUCGCAGCGACCGCUAAUAACUCGCUCUGUGCCGUCGGCGUUGCUUACGGUGCUAGUGUUGGAGGAGUACGUAUGUUGGACGGGGAUGUGACUGAUGCAGUUGAAGCUCGCUCUCUCAGUUUGAACCCGCAGCACAUUGACAUAUACAGUGCAUCCUGGGGACCCGACGACGACGGCAAAACUGUAGACGGCCCGGGGGAACUAGCGACUAGAGCGUUCAUUGAGGGAGUCACCAAGGGCCGAUCUGGUAAAGGGUCAAUUUUCGUAUGGGCAUCAGGUAACGGCGGACGUGAGCACGACAAUUGCAAUUGCGACGGAUACACGAACAGUAUUUGGACGCUCUCGAUAUCGAGUGCAACCGAGCGUGGCCUUGUGCCUUGGUACUCGGAAAUGUGCAGUUCAACGCUAGCCACCACGUACAGCAGCGGAGCUCAGAAUGAAAAACAGGUUAUAACGACUGAUCUUCACCAUGCUUGCACCUCGUCCCAUACUGGAACCUCUGCAUCAGCACCUUUGGCUGCUGGAAUUUGUGCCUUGGCCUUAGAAGCAAAUAGAGAUCUUACGUGGAGAGAUAUGCAGCAUAUAGUUGUGCGCACUGCUAAACCUGCCAAUUUGAAAUCAGACGAUUGGGCAACUAAUGGAGUUGGCCGUAAUGUAAGUCACUCCUUUGGUUAUGGGUUAAUGGAUGCAGCAGCAAUGGUGAAAUUAGCCAGAACGUGGAAAACAGUACCCGAACAAAGGAGGUGUGAAGUAUCUGCUCCACAUAUAGACAAGUUGAUUCCUCCAAAGAGCAAAGUAAUUCUGCAAUUGCCUGUGUCUCUUUGUCAAGGAGUAAAUUUCUUAGAGCAUGUUCAAGCUAAAAUUUCAUUGCAAGCAUCGCGACGAGGCGACAUUCAGAUACAUCUCACGAGUCCCGGGGGCACUCGUGUCACUCUACUAGCUGCUAGGCAAAAUGAUGCUUCACGAUCAGGAUUCAGUAAUUGGCCUUUUAUGUCCGUCCAUACAUGGGGAGAAUCACCUCAAGGUCUAUGGCAUUUAGAAGUUCACAACGAAGGCCGAUAUAUGGCCAAAUUGACGCAAUGGGAUCUCCUAUUCCACGGGACACAAGAGCCGCCACAAGAGAGUGACGUUGAAUUCAGCAAGGAUUCGAAAUUUAAAGAUUCAAAAUCUGUUCAAUAUUCUGCGAACGGCGGAUCAAAUUAUCCCGAUGGAUUGGAACAUAACUCUUUAGAAACUGACACCGCCAGUGGGCAAUGGAGGGAUUUACAUCAUGUACGCGAAGGCCACAUAGAUGUCCAGCGCACCGCCUCGGACGACGUCACCAGCUCCGCCUGCAUCAGCUACAACGACAAUCACAACUGUCUAGAAUGCAUGCCGGAUACAUAUUUAUUUGAAGGACAUUGUUAUACAAAUUGUCCUGCAAAAAGUUUUCUAUCAGCCAAACCUACUUGGUUACCAGCUACAAGAAAUCACAAUAAAAAGCACUUGCUAGAAAACUUGUGGUCUUCUCUGGCGGCUCGAAAUGGCCAUAGAGUUCAAAGACAAGUAGAAGAAAUAAAUCGAAAUUCGGAUAUGAUGGUGUGUCUUCACUGCCAUUAUUCCUGCUUGACUUGCAGGGGACCAAAUGAUCAUGAGUGCUCAACUUGCAACGAGGAUGCUGUCCUCACAAAUAAAACUAACAAUGAAAAUUUUUGUUACCCUUUAACUAUCAUGCCUCAAAUCCAAGAUUCAGCAUGGUUUUAUCGUUUAUACGUAACACUAAUUGUAGUUAUAAGUAUAAUUUUAGGUGUUAUAGCUUGCUCAGGUUUAGUGUAUAUUUUGAAUAAGUGCAUUAAUAAAAUAUUAUAUUUGGUAAGGUCUAGCAAAGGUCAAAAGUAUGAUAAAGUUGCCUCUCAAGAUGUAACAUCAGCUCAAAUUGAUAUGGCAGAUGAUAAUCUGAAUUCUGUUGAUGAAAGCGAAAACGAAUUUUGAUGAUAUAUGUAUAUUUUAAUAUUAUUGGUCUCUAAGAUUAUUUCUGAAAAAUACAUAGAUAUACAAGUUAAAAAAAAGUAUGUGAUAAGUGGCUUGACUACAAGAAUUCCAAUAAUAUAAUAGUGAGGGAUAAAUGCCUUAGAGGGCUGUUACGUGUGUGAAAAUUCUAUCCCAAUAUUUUUUCACAACUAUAAAUUUUAUAAAACUAAAAAUGUAUCUCAUUAGUUUGUAUGAACGAGAUUCGAAUGAUAAUCAUAAAUGUUGAAACUAGUAUUUAUAUAUUAAUUUAUAUUUUGGUGUAAUAAGAUGUAUCACUUUCAUAAUAGUGAUAUAUUUAUGUGAUC